AUGGCUCCGGAGCCCGAAGAUGAAAUGAACGAGAAGAACCCAAAGCCCCUUGACGAGGAUGACAUCGCCCUGCUCAAGACAUACGGUUUGGGACCUUAUUCUGCUAGCAUCAAGAAGGUGGAGAAGGAAAUAAAAGAUAUGGCAAAGAAAGUCAAUGAUUUAUGUGGAAUUAAAGAGUCUGACACUGGGCUGGCUGCACCAAGCCAGUGGGAUUUAGUCUCUGACAAGCAAAUGAUGCAGGAGGAGCAGCCACUUCAGGUUGCCAGAUGCACAAAGAUAAUCAAUCCAAAUACUGAAGAUGCUAAAUAUGUGAUAAAUGUUAAACAAAUUGCGAAGUUUGUGGUUGGUUUGGGUGAUAGAGUUUCACCAACAGAUAUUGAGGAAGGAAUGCGUGUUGGUGUUGAUAGAAACAAAUAUCAAAUUCAGAUUCCUUUGCCCCCCAAGAUUGAUCCAAGUGUCACAAUGAUGACGGUGGAAGAGAAGCCAGAUGUCACUUACAAUGAUGUUGGUGGAUGCAAGGAGCAGAUAGAAAAGAUGCGAGAAGUGGUAGAGCUUCCCAUGCUUCAUCCAGAGAAAUUUGUAAAGCUUGGAAUUGACCCUCCCAAAGGAGUUCUCUGCUAUGGCCCCCCAGGAACUGGCAAAACACUUUUAGCUCGAGCUGUGGCCAAUAGAACAGAUGCUUGCUUCAUCCGUGUCAUUGGAAGCGAGCUUGUUCAGAAAUAUGUUGGAGAAGGGGCUCGGAUGGUUCGUGAACUCUUUCAGAUGGCUCGCUCAAAAAAGGCAUGCAUUGUAUUUUUUGAUGAGGUGGAUGCGAUAGGUGGUGCUCGUUUUGAUGAUGGGGUUGGAGGUGACAAUGAAGUACAGCGAACAAUGCUUGAAAUUGUUAAUCAGCUUGAUGGUUUUGAUGCCCGAGGAAACAUUAAAGUUCUAAUGGCUACUAACAGACCUGAUACUUUGGAUCCCGCGCUACUGCGUCCCGGACGCUUAGAUCGCAAGGUUGAGUUUGGCUUGCCUGAUUUGGAGAGCAGGACGCAGAUUUUCAAGAUUCACACUAGAACAAUGAACUGUGAGAGGGAUAUUCGAUUCGAACUCCUAGCUCGUCUCUGCCCUAAUUCCACCGGAGCUGAUAUCAGGAGUGUUUGCACUGAGGCUGGAAUGUUUGCCAUUAGAGCUCGGAGAAAGACAGUUACUGAGAAAGACUUCCUUGAUGCAGUUAAUAAGGUCAUCAAAGGCUACCAAAAGUUCAGUGCUACGCCAAAAUACAUGGUCUAUAACUAAACUCAACUGUGAUUUUCAUUUCCAAAAUUUAGAGUACUAUUUUCCUGUUGGGAUCCACAUGGCUUUCUGCUAGAAAUUCCUUAAAAUGAAUUGUUGUUUGUUUGAAUAUUCUUAUAUUCUCCAUUUGAUUAUGGAAUUGAAGAACGGAAGAAGGAAUGGAUAUUUUGAAGUAGAUGUGAAUGCAUCUUUUUUUGUUUA